UAAGAGCAGAGCGGAGAAUAUUCUGACGUGUCUUCCCUACAUGAGCACACAAGCCCAGAACAGAAAAGCCCAGAAAGCAGAAGAAACGUUGGAGAGUACACAGAACAUUGGCUGAGCAAUUGAAAGUGCAGCGAGAGAGAUUUCCUUCUCAAAGAGAGACGUCCGUCCGGCCGCCGCUGACCCUCUACCGGGACCCAUGGCUUCCAGCGGGCUGCAGGGGCUCGGGAUCGCGCUGUGCGUGCUGGGGCUGAUCGGCGCCAUCGUGUGCUGCGUCGUGCCCAAGUGGAACCAGAGCUCCCACACGGGCUCCAGCAUUGUCACCGCCCAGACUUACCAGGACGGCCUGUGGAUGAGCUGCGUCACCCAGAGCACGGGGCAGCAGCAGUGCAAGGUCUACGACUCGAUGCUGGCCCUGAGCGGUGAGCUGCAGACAGCUCGGGCGCUCACCGUUGUCUGCAUCGCCCUUAGCAUCCUGGGCCUGUUGGCCUCGCUGCUGGGGGCAAACUUCACCACCUGCCUGGGCGAGGAGGGAGCCAAGGGCAAGGCGGCCGCUGGGGCUGGCGGGGUUCUGGCCUUGGCCGGACUGCUGCUCCUGGUGCCGGUCAGCUGGUCGGCCCACGUCACCAUCGCCCGCUUCCACAACCCCGCUCUGGCCGACAAGCGGGAGAUAGGGGCCUGCAUCUGGACGGGCUGGGGAGCCGCAGGGCUCCUCCUGCUGGGCGGAGGCCUCCUGUGCUGCUCCUGGCCGCGGCGGGGUGGGGGUUCUAGCUACGCCGCCAAGUACAUCAACAACCCCUCGGCCCCCGCCAGGACACACGUCUAGCGAGCGCUGGAGGGCAACGCCGGGCCUCCUCCGGCGUAGCGAGCCUUUUUCCCCUUUGCUGUCCCGCCCACUCCUGAGUGCGCUGCCCACCCGCAUCCAGCCUCUACCCCCCCCCCCACCCACCCCCGGGCCCUUCCCUGAUCUGCUGGGGCGGUGGGGGGGGGGGUGCGGAUGGGGACGGUUGGGAAGGCCCAGCCUUGCUGCCCUCGCGUGCCAGUGCCAGUGCCAGUGCCAGAGCGGGCAGGAGCCCCCGACAGAAUUCCCGGCCAGCGGCCGUCAGCCCCGUGCCCCGGAGGGUGCAGCGGGCCCGCUCUGCCCUCAAAUCGAGCCUGCGGCUGAUCGUCUACCUCAACCCCCACCUUCCCGCAUUCCUCCCCCACCUUCCCGCAUUCCUCCCCCACUCCUGCAUUCCUCCCCCUCCCGCAUUCCUCCCUCACUCCCACAUUCCUCCCCCUCCCGCAUUCCUCUCCCC